UGUCAUUCUCCAAAGAAGACCAGAUCCCGACUGGUCGCCGCGGCAGCAUGGCUCCAUCCCUACUUGCAACGGCAGGAGGACUUCUGCUACUCCUCUCCCUCUCGUCGGCACAAACCAGAGGAGACAACAUCGCAGCAUGCACAAUACAUGACAGCUUUGGGACGUACUGCCCCACAACAUGUGGAGUGACUGACUACAUGCAUAGGUACAUGUCCGAGGUGGAUGAGGAUUUGGAAAGUAUGCAAAAGAAACUUGCCACGAUUGCCAACUUGACCCAAGGGGCCGAUCAAACCAUCGUCUACAUGAAAGAUUCGACUCUUAUGGCCCAAAAGAACACGCUGCCAGACCCGUAUCACAAAAGAUCCACAAGUAUCCUGGAGGACAUCGUUCGAUUUGAAAAGACCAGCAUCGCACAGGAGCAGCAAAUAUAUGAGCUUCAGAAUAUAAUUUCCUCCAAUGAGAAGAGGAUGUCCAACCUGAAGCAGCUCUCCAUUCAGCUGCAGCAUAGGUGCACCGAUUCCUGCAAAGAAUCGGUUGAUAUCCAACCCCUCACGGGAACAGAUUGCCAGGAUAUUGCAAACAAAGGAGGCAUCAUCAGCGGCCUUUAUUACGUGAAACCAGCAAAGGCCACUGAGCAGUUCCUGGUCUAUUGUGAGAUUGACGAGUUUAGACGCGGCUUUACAGUCAUACAGAGGAGACGCGACGGCAGCGAGGACUUCCACAAGGACUGGAUGCAGUACAAGAAUGGCUUCGGCCACCUCUCCCCGGGCGACACCACGGAGUUCUGGCUCGGCAACGAGAAGAUCCACCUCCUGACGGCCACCACCACCAUGCCCACCGUGCUGAGGAUAGAGCUCGUCGACUGGCAGGGCGCCAAAAAGUAUGCCGACUACACCAUGUUCCGCGUGGGCUCCGAGAGCGACAUGUACCGCCUGACGUACGGCUACUUCCUCGGCGGUGACGCGGGAGACGCUUUCGACGGCUUCGAUUUCGGCGACGAUCCCAGCGACAAGUUCUACACGUCUCACAACGGCAUGCAGUUCAGCACCGUGGACAAGGACAACGACAAGUACCAGGGCAGCUGCGCUCAGCAGGACGGCUCCGGCUGGUGGAUGAACAGAUGCCACGCGGCACAUUUGAACGGCAAAUACUACCAGGGUGGAACGUACACCGAAAAGGAUGCAGGUGAAUUUGGCUUCGACAACGGCAUCAUUUGGGUGACUUGGCACAACCGCUGGUACUCCCUGAAGGAGACCACCAUGAAGCUCAUUCCCCUCAGCCGCAUCACAGCGGGCGGUGGACAGCAGACGGGCGUGAAACAGUUCGGCGGCCUUUGAGUUGCCUCAAAAGUAGAGAAACCAGCUUGUGAUCUGUUCCGGCUGCAGUUGAGCUCAACGGCACCGAAACCGCCUUAAAGGGAGAGUUCGUCUCACAAUUCAAACAAUUUAAAAGUUUAUAUUUUUCCCCCUUUGCAUGUAGUGCUAUUUAUCAAUCCAGACCUAGUUUUUGGUGCUCACUACGUCAAGAUGUCUCUCGGCUUGAGGUGCUCAAAGUGCAAAUAAAUAAAUGUAUCGACUUUAUUUACUCAACGGCGAUGUCUCUUUCCAUAAAUCGUGACCUGGUCACUCCAGAUAAUCCACAGACGUUGUUGUGAGCAGUUUAAUGUAUGAAGUUCCAUGAAGCCGCUCACAACAAGGUCUGUAUAUUCAAAAGUAGCACCACCUGUAAGAGGAAGAAUAUCUAUAUGAAUUUGGGGUGAACUCUCCCUUUUUAAAUGAAAAUCUCCAUGGAUAGUUUCUGAUUUCAUGACUUGUGCAUGUUUUACUGAUCUGACGCAGAAGGACGCUGUUUGUCUUCAAGGUUGUUUUUAACACUAAAUCGUGUCUUUUCUUAAAGUGGUCAUUACUUCAUGGCCUUAGUUUGGACUCAGUGGACACAACCAGUUGAGUCCAUGUGGCACGCAGCUGACGGGAGACCAAAAUAACCAAGAACGCCACAAGACAUGUGACUGAAUUGACUCUGCGAAAAAUGUUGCCAUGUUGCACCAGCAACUGCAUAUACACCUGAAAAAUACAACAACUUUGAAAUAAAUAUCAUCUCAAAUGUAAAUAA